AUGUUGGGCAUGUGGUCCUUGCUUCUCCUCUGGGGGCUGGUGACUCCGUGCCAGGGGCUGCUUGAGAAGGUGGGCACGCUUGCUCGGAUUGACAAGGAUGAACUUGGCAAAGCCAUUCAGAACUCGCUGGUUGGGGGGCCUAUUCUGCAGAACGUCCUGGGGACAGUCACAUCUGUGAACCAGGGCCUUCUGGGCUCUGGGGGACUGCUCGGAGGAGGCGGCCUGCUGAGCUAUGGAGGAGUUUUUGGCGUUGUGGAAGACCUUUCUGGGCUGAAGAUCGAGGAACUCACACUGCCAAAGGUGUCACUGAAGCUGCUGCCUGGGUUUGGGGUGCAGCUGAGCCUGCACACCAAGGUGGGCCUGCAUGGCUCUGGCCCCCUGGGGGGCCUCCUGCAGCUGGCUGCGGAGGUGAACGUGUCGUCGCGGGUGGCGCUGGGCGUGAGCUCGCGGGGCACGCCCAUCCUCGUCCUCAGGCGCUGCAGCACGCUGCUGGGGCACAUCAGCCUGCUCUCGGGGCUGCUACCCGCACCGCUUUUCGGGGUCGUGGAGCAGACCCUCUUCAAGGUGCUGCCGGGACUGCUGUGCCCCAUGGUGGACAGUGUGCUGGGCGUGGUGAAUGAGCUCCUGGGGACUGCGCUGAGCCUGGUGCCCCUUGGGGCUCUUGGGUCCGUGGAAUUUACUCUGGCCAUGCUGCCUCUUAUCUCUAACCAGUACAUAGAGUUGGACAUCAACCCCAUCGUGAAAAGCGUAGCUGGUGACGUCAUCGACUUCCCCAAGCCCCCCAAACCCAUCAAGGUGCCCCCCAAGGAGGACCACACAUCCCAGGUUGUUGUGCCUCUAUACCUCUUCAGCACCGUAUUUGGGCUCCUGCAGACCAACGGUGCCCUUGACAUAGACAUCACCCGAGAGCUGGUCCCCAGCAAUGUGCCGUUGACAACUACAGACCUGGCGGCUUUGGUCCCUGAGGCCCUGGGAAAGUUGCCCCCAGGCCAGCAGCUCCUGCUCUCGAUGCGGGUGAAAGAAGCCCCGUCAGUCACACUCCAGAACGGCAAGGCCACCAUCUCUAUCCCGGCUAACAUCCAUGUGCUGUCCUACCCCCCUGAAGGGACCCCUGAAGCCCUCUUCGAGCUGAAUGCGGUUUUGACUUUAAAUGCCCAGCUGGCUCCCUCGGUUACCAAGCUGCACCUCUCGCUGUCCCUGGAACGGCUCAGUGUCAAGCUGGCCUCCUCCUUUGCCCACGCCUUUGAUGCAUCCCGUUUAGAAGAAUGGCUCAGUGAUGUGGUCCGGGUGGCCUAUGUGCCGAAGCUCAAUGUGGACCUGGAUGUUGGAAUUCCCUUGCCUAAGGUCCUCAAUGUCAAUUUUGCCAACGCAGCCCUGGAGAUCAUCGAGAAUGCCGUUGUGCUGACCGUGGCAUCCUGAAGCUGAGAAUGGCCACCUGCC